AUGCAAAUACUGUUGCCGCUUGAUAGGCAAUUGAGCAUCGAUUCAGAGGCAUUGAAACAGUCGCAUUCCGAACGUGAGUUUGUUAUUUUUGAUGAAGCUCUCCGAAUACUAUUCGAGGCUGAAAAUGAGACCAUCGUCGAGUUAUCCAUUCACAUCAACGAAGCGAAAGUCUUCUACAGCGAUGAUCCUUAUAAGUUUUUAGAGCAGCAAUCGGAACACUUGUGGGAGUUAAAACGAUCCGCUAUCAUUGGGCAGGUGUUUAACUCUAGCAUUGUGAUGAAUAACGGGCACAAGAACUUCCUGAAAAUUCUUGUUCAUUAUGAACAGGAAUCAAUAUCCGAGCGGAACUCAGAAGAGAAGUCAUCUGACGAAGAUGUUCUUCCUAGCUUCCUACCGUUGUCAUUUCCAGGAAUCAACCACACAACUCAGGACCCAGUUGAGACCCAGAUUGACAGCACAGAAGUUACAUUCCCAAUCCACGCACUACUGAAUGUGAGGCUUAGAAAUGUAGCUUUGAGCUCCCUGCAUUUCAUAUACUCUUCAUUGGACUUUCAAGCGUCGAAAGCUUGCGAGACCCUAAUGAACAAAUACAAUAUCUCCAAUCUUACUUUGCAUUUGGACAAAAUCGACUACGAGCUCGUACGGAAAUCCACCAGCGCAAAAAUCAAUCCUGUUUGUCCCUUAACGCUCCCAUUAACAUUGGAGAGCUGGAACAGCUGUAGUAUAAGUUACAAGCUUCCACAGACCAAAAGCCUGGAACCACAUCGGGUGCGAGUAACCCUGAACUAUAAUGUGGUCGCAACGCCUCAUAACUUCGUUGUCAACACAUCAUGGGAGGCAGAUAUUGCGUUAAAGAAGCAAAACGUUCCAACACUUCCCGUUUCUCAGCCAACAUCUCUUUUAGCAACACCCAUGUUCUCGCCUUCUGUCAAAUUUGCAUCUUCUGUAAACUCCCUCGUUGCCAACCGACUCAACAACGUCAGGUUUAGAUUUUUGACAAGCAAAGUAAUGUGUAAAAAGGGGCGCAAACUCACCUUGUUUCUCCAGAUCAUGAAUUCAUCUCAGUCUCAACUCGAUAUGGUUGUCUACCACACCAGUUCUGUGCCUCAAAACCCGGGACAGUACCCUAUAGACAGAGAAUACCAACUUCGCAAAAGAUGGCAGAAGACGACAGAGGGUAUUAUUCUACUAUCCAAUGACUACAAGUUGCCUCUAAUCCUGCCUGGUGAAACCUAUUGUGCCGAGCUGCAUUUUGUUGCGAUACGCGAGGGGUACUAUCACGGCCUGCCCGGCCUAAAAAUAUUAGAUCUCAAUACGCAAGAAAUCAUGAACAUUGGGUCUACCGUUAGCAUACUAGUGGAGUAA